ACCAACUUAUUGGAAAGAGAGAAAUCCCCAUAACUCUCUCUGCCACUCUCUACCCAACUCACUGUCUCACCAAAUACAGCAAAACUGCACACAUGGAAAUAACAAUUACACAGACAGCAAAAAAGCUUUAAAAAAAAAAAAACACUUAUUUCCAUUAGUGAAGAGGGCCAGUGUAAGACAUAAGUGCAAAGGAAAAUAAGGGGGAGUUCCAGUGAGACAUGGAGGUUUUGAUCAUGGGGAUGGGAAUUUCUUGCUUUGCACCAAUAUUCAUCUGCUGACAAAAUGAUAGAAGAACGGAGAAGCCAGAUUUGAUAUUCUUUCAGGCACUUCGCUGAACUUUGUUCAUUGGAAGGUGUUGUGCCAGCAUAACUCAUAUGAUCUUGACAUGAGUUCAAGCUUCAAUUUGGGUGGAAGACUGAAGUACUUGUAUCCAACAGCUUUCAUUCUUCAAAAAACUCAUUGUAGCAUUCUUAAGUGGGAGCUUCUCUUGCAGUAGAUAUUCGAUUAUUUCACUUUUUGCAUAGUCCCAACACUGUAAAGCUCUGAUUUUGAUAAUGCCCCCCACCUCAAAUAUGGGAGAGGAACCGAAAUUUCAGCAGCGGUGGGAGUUUAGGAGGGGAGACACUGAGUUUGAUUCUUCAAGUGAAGAGUCCAAAUCAAGUUCAAGUAGCCAGCCAGUUCUUAAGAAGCAUAAACUAGUUUCCAGCUUUAUUUCUGAUGAACAUAAUGAGGCCAUGGACACCAAUAGAGUUCAGCAAAAGGGCAAGCGCACUCCUGGCAAUGGGGGUCAAAUUAAAAUUGGGAAGGCUAAGAAAAAGGAUGCCAGAAGGAGUAGAAAGGAAAAUUUAGCUAAUAAUGCAAUGGGGAGGAAUUCUCCCGAAGAGCUUAAUAGAAAUAAGAAUGGAGCUAGUGCUUAUGACCCUGCGGCCCUGGAUGAUGUUAAAAUCUUCAUGGAUUCUCUAUUACAGGAUCUUAAAGAUACGAGAGAAAAUUUGUUUAGAUGGAUGAAGGAGGAAAUGCAAAAAUUGGUGGCAGAUGAUACUGCUCAGAAAUCAAAAAAUAGAAAAGGCAGUUGUGGAAGGGAGAAUAUCCAAGUGCAGCACGAGAACUUUGAGAAGAACAACGUGCAGAAUCAAAACAACUUUGAGGAGAAUGCUCAAGUGCACCCUCAAUACAAUUUUGAGGAUUAUGUCCUAGUGCAGCGUCAAAACAACUUCAAGGACAUUGUCCAACUGGAGCACCAAAAAAAAAUUGAGGACACCCUCCAUGUGCAGCAUCAAAACCACUUCAAGGAGUCGAUUCAAGUGCAGUGUCAAAACAACUUUAAAGAGAACAUCCAAGAACAGCAUCAAAACAACCAUGACACAAACAUUGUGCAGCAUCAUGACAAUUUGAAGUCUGGCAUGGGAGCUCAAAAUUGCAAUGAUGGAUCUUUAAAGAGGCCUUUUAAUAGCAAUAAGGCCACUGGUCAUCAUAAUCGCUAUCGAGCGGUUGAAAAUCAAGUUGAUUAUGGCCAAUCUACUGGACCUAGUGCAUCUACAAGAAAGGAGAAAGGCAAAACAAGGUUGGUCUCAUCUGUUAUGCGAAAUCUUCAAUCUAGUCCUUCCAUCCAAGUGCAACAUCAGAAGAACUUUGUAUUAGGCUUGAGGGCUCAAAACUGCAAUAACGGCACUUCAGAAAGAUCUGUAAAAGGCAAAAGGAUAGCUGAUUCCAGUAAAUGCUCAAAAGUACUUGAAGAUCAAGUUGAUCACAGGCAAGCCAUUGGAUCCAUGCCAUCAACUGAAAAUGACAAAAGAGAAAGGUUGGCAACAACUGCUAAUCCAAAAUUUCCAUCCAAUUCCUCAGGUCAGGUUGCUUCUUCCAUGUAUUUGACAUUACCUACUAUUCUAACAGAAGCCGGUAUUGAGAAUUACAGGCUUGAGACAUCUCCAUGCAAUUAUGCCAGCCCAAGAUCUUCUGGGAAUAAAAGGGAUGUGAAUUUAUCAAAUGCAAAUGUGAUGCUCAAUUCAAGUUCUUAUUGCGGGUACUUUCAUGACAUGCGGCAAGAAGAAAGACUUGGAAGCUUUACUCAAACAAGUUCCAAUAUUGUAGGUUGCCUCAACCAAAACAGCACUCCAACCACAAGCAUUGGAACUGGUUUCCCAGUCCCACUUCAUCAGGGUAUGGGUGAAGCCUAUUGCAUUCCAAGCCAGCGUGGUUUGAAAAAUCUACCCCAAGACAAUUACAACAUAAUGGGUCUAAGGAUGAAUGGAGGAGCCAUAACAUUUUCUGGUGGAAGCUAUGCAUUAUCAGAACAAUAUGUUGCCAACAACUUCCACAGGAAUUCCAAUUAAAUAGUUGAUGGUGGACUCACGGGGUUUCAAAUCCCAGAACUUAAAUAUGAUCGUUUAUUUCCAAAGUAAUCGGUGGGGAUGAACACUAAACAAAAGCUUUUCUAAAAUUUUCCAUGCAUGAACCUAGCUAUGACGUCUAGUCUAGUCAUUCUUUUCAAUAUCUUGUUGACUCAAAACUUCCCAGGCAAAAUAUGUUAUUCCUUAAUUUGCUUCAAUUUAGAUUGACUAUCUCUAUCAUUGUUUUUUACUGUGAUUUUUAUUUAACCAUUGUAGAGAGAGAGGU